UGUGCAGCAGCAGGCCGCUCUAGUGGUUUUGGGUUGGAUUCCCUGGUAUGCGGCUCAUUGCAAAGCAGAAGGCCAAUUCCCAUUCCCAAGCAAAUGCUGGCCUGGUCCACAGCUGGCUUGAGAAAGCAGAGGCAGGCGGGAGAAGGAGGGAGGCGGAGGGAGAAGAGAGGUCAUAUUGCUGCUGAGGAGAGUUACUCAAACUCCAAAACUUCCCCCCUCCUCCUCCUCCUUUUUUUCCCUUUCUCGCAUCUUGCUCCCUUUAAGGGGUGUGACGCUCUGAAAGCCGCAGCAGGAAGCGUUAUUUUCCUAAAGGCAGGCUGAGGCCUAGCUGGACUCUCUGAAGCCUCCAUAUGUGGGAUUUCUUUAUCUGGGCGAAGGCUGAGCGAAUGUCCUUUGCUUGCUGAUAAGACUCUACCAGUGUCAUAAGCACAGCUUUAAAAACAAACUUCUCUCUUGGGCUGUAAAUCGCCCGAAGGAAAGGACAGAAAACAUUUUGGUUCCUAGUAUUUGUUUGAAUCAUGUAUUUUGCUCAAAGAGAUCAGCCAAAAAAAGGUGGAUCUAAGAAGAAUGUCAUCCCAGAACUGUGAUUCUUUAGCGUGGCGGUCCACAUCGCCACACUUCCCAUUUCCACAGAAGCAGAGUUGCUGCUGAUACAAAAAGGCUUGGUCUGUUGCCUACUGGUAGUGGAAACAUGGAUGGAAAUUUCCCUACUGAAAGGAGGAAAGUCUUGAAAAGCAUGAAGCAAUGCAUCAAAAAUAUUUCUAGAUCCAAACAUCCCCUUGAGAGUCCUGAGGAUAUAGACAGUUAUUGCCUCAAGGGCCCAGCAUGGGUCCCAGUUGGACUUUCAGGAAAUCCAUGCAAGGGGACCUCUAUUUUGGAAUCCAAGGUCAAAGCACUAAAAGAGAAGAGGGGUGUCACUAACAAGCUGGCUGAAGAACCAUCCCAAGAACGGACUUCUCUCAAAAAAAGUAAAGCCUGGAAGGGAAAGCCACCCAAAGACUCUGCUUCUCAAGAUGCAGUUGUGGAACCACAGGCUCAGAUUCGCACGUACCUGACAGAUGUGCUAUUGGACAGUGCUGAUUACCCACAUUCCAUGCAAAAGGAAUCUCUGGAUUCAAACCCAGCAAGUUCACAUGUCAGUGAUUUUGAAAAGCAUACAGGAUCUAAAGCAGAAGAACAGCCUAUAAACAUUACCUGGACUUCACCUGAGGAGUUCCAGAGGCUUUGCGGAAGAAAUAUUCAGGAUAAAAAGGGCUGUUCAGGAAGAACAACAAAAAGGGCAUCCCGAAAUGGUCUCUAUGAAGCCAGCUCCCUAAAGGACCUUUCCUGCCUCCAGAAAUCUUUUGAGGAAGUUAAUGGUGGAGAAGGCCAACUAGUUCAAGCCAGAGAUAUUGAAAACUGCUCAUUUGGCCACCCAAAUGACACUUGUGGGAUGUCAACAACAGGACGGCUUUGGAGGACAGAGAGCUGGGACAGCCUUGGCAGUGGUGGAAGCCAUGCCACCACCUUGUCCCUGGCAGACAGAGUGGAAAAGAAUCGGUCUAUGCUCCAGGAGAUGCUGAACAUGUCACAGUUUAAUAGCUACUCUUCACAUGAACUGCAUACCCUCCAUCGUCACAAGAAGGAAGCCCCAAUCCUUGGGAAUGAUGGGCCCAGUAAUGAGAUUCUGCCAAAUGAUGUGGACUGGGAUUCUGGUGUUUCCUUACAAGAUUCUGAAAGCUACCGGGCCUUUGUUCCCAGCCAGGAGCUGGAGCUGAGCCCCAGGCAUGAACAGGCUAAGCAACUGCUGCAGAGAGCGCGUAUGAAGGCCAGAACAAACCCCCUUCGAGCUAGCCAUAACAUCCUGCCUACUUUCUCCCAGCAAAGGAGGGAUCCCUGUGAAAUAUCUGAUACAGAAACAAAUUUUGUCCUGAAAGAUGGAGAUCCCAAUGCCAGUGGAAACUUAAGUGACUCAUCCAGUGGGGAGUCCAGCUGUGGGCAGCAAAGAAAACGAGGACCAUCCCCAUCCCGAGUGCGUUUUGAGGAUGAGUCUGCACGGGAUGCUGAGGUCCGCUACUUGGAACGCUUGCAGCAACGUCAGAAACGAGUGUUGGAUUCAGUUCUCUUAUCUCUGGGUCAUGGUCCAUUGGUCUCCAAACCAGAUCUUUCAAAUUAUAUAAAUGGUGACCUCCAACGUAAAGAGAAUGGCAUCUGCAAACCUGGCUGGAAACAGCAGAGCACACAGCAGGCAGGAGGGGCAGUCACUCACCAAAGCAGCAGGGGACGCACCGAAAAGGGUACAUCUCUGGUAGUCAACAAAGAGGGGAAAUGCAGUGCCUGUGGGUCUUACGUCAGCAAAUUGGCAGGUAGGAACCCUGAUAUCAGUGUAAACCAAAUUGGCAAUGACAUACAUAAAACUUGUAAUGUCACACCAAAAAGCAAACAUCUUAGUCUUGCCAAUGAACACAAGGAGCUCAGCACUUCUCAGGAGAACUCGUGUAUAAGGCCUCUUGGACCCAAAGGAACUCCACUGUGGAUCCUUCCUUCUCGACAGCGUGUUUUCACAGAACGUAUCAGGGAGACUUACAUUGGGGAAGUGACUUGUAUAGAUGACGUGGACUCGGCUUUAGAUAGUACUACUGAUACAUCAGAUAGUUACCGGACAGACAGUGAAGAAGCUGUUAUCAGUCAACAAACAGUGUUCAAAACUCAUUGGCACAGUGUGCCUGGUCCAGACUCUAGGCCACUUUGUCCUUCACAGAAGGAAGCCAAGAGUAUGACGAAUGAGGAGGAGAGGCAUUGGGGUAAUGCCAGCAGCAACAUUCACAGACAGGAAUUCCAAGAUAAUGUGCCUAGCAUUAAGAAAGGAGAUGUUGGGUUAAGUGCUAAUGAAACAAACCAAUGUAGAGUUAAGGGAGCCUCUGAAAUAAAAAGCCAGGCAAACAAAAUUAUUUCUAACAAGGCAAUUCCCAGAGGCAGACAUCCUGUAGAUGUGUAUCCAGUGGCCAAGAAAGGUAAGGACCAAGGAUCCAAGACCCAGUUUAGGGAACUGAUACCUACUGUCCAUUCUCAAGAGUUGUCUUCCUGCAAGGCCCCUGAUAGUUUAAUAAACUCUUUGAACAAGAAAUCAAUGGAAAGCUUUAGUCACAAGCCAAGCAACAAUUUGAGUCAAGUAACAGAUCCUUCUCGGCAGCUAAAUAAGGAGAUGGCUGCUGGCUUCAACCUAGAAAAUCAAGUACCUGCAUCUGCUGCCACUGGAAAAGCCCAUUCCUCCCCUUUGCCUUACAGGAGGACUGUCUUAAAAAGCAGCUAUAACCUGGCCAGCCCUGAUCCUGGACAGGUGGAGGAUGCCAAUGAACUGCCAGUUUAUUCAAUGUCUCCUAAUAUCCAGAACUCAUAUAUCUCUCAAAUAGCGGAGCAAAAGGGCAUGCAAAGUCCAAAGAUGUUUUCUAAGUGUCAGCUGCUGGCCUUGUCCACCAAUAAUUGCAAUAAUACCUAUGCAAAGCGCCAGUCAAAAACCUCAGUGACUGCCAUGGUGAAGAGUAAAGAAGAACAACUCCAGGACAGCCAGAAAAUGAGCAAGAAACAUGGAAGUCCAUCAUCCUUAGUGUGUGAUGCUCCCUCUGUUAAUCUCCGAGCCACAAAUUGUAUUGCCACCAGCCUCUCCUUGACAACUGAGGAAACUGACCCUUCAAUCUCUGCUCAGUCUGUCAGUAAGGAAGCUCCGGCAACAGGGGCACAGAAGACAAAGUCAGCCCAAGCAAGCACAGUCCAGCGCAAACCCGUAGAAAUCUUCCCUGAACCAAAAAAGAAACAGUUUGCCAAGAAAGGGGGUACCUCUUCUUCCUCCUCCUCCUCUGCAUCAGGACUCAAGAAAUUCUUCUCCAGCUUGAGCCAGAACACCAAGCAGAAACUGGGCAGGUUUCGGUGCUACAGCAUGGAGCAAAUUUCUGCCCCAGAGCCAGGAGCCGUGCCCACUGAGGAACCAGGCCUAGACACUGCCAGUUCGCCCAAAAUGAAGAAAGCACCCUCCCUGCAGUCUUUGCAACUUGUGUCAUCUUUUUGCCAACCAAGAAAAGCCUCUUCUGUUCAAAAUCUGUAUUCUCUGUGGGGCAAAACUGACAGGUCUAGUUUGUAUCUGCUGGGGGACCCAAAAGAAGAAGUCACUCUUCCUAAUAGGAAAGCUGGGCCCCAACAUCGGCGUUCUCUGAGUGUGGAGGACAUUGGCUCUCCAAACCUGAUGAGAACUGUGGGGCGAGUGGUGGAAGUUUUCCCAGAUGGCACGAGCCAAUUGGAACUACAGCGCUCUCCACAGGGCAACUUUGGAUUUCGCGUCUCUUCAGGAAAUGGACGUCCUGACACAGGUAUCUAUGUCCAGGAGAUGGCAGACCCAAACACAGCUAAACUCUAUGCUGGCCUCCUCGGAGCUGGAGAUGAGAUAUUGGAAGUGAACGGUGCCAAGGUUGCUGGGCUGGGCCUGGCCCAGAUCAAUGAACUGCUCUUGUGGUCGGAGACUCUCUCGGUUAGAGUGCUUAGGCAGAGGCCUCUCCGGCGGUAGCGAAGAAGCACGGGGCAACCACAGGGAAUUGCUUGAAAGUGAAGCUUUCACUGCACAACACACACAGAGCCUCCGGUGCCUAGUGGGCCUGCCUGGGACUUGGAGCAGAGCCUGCUUCACAUCUCCAUUAUCAAUGCCUUUCUGACUUGAACUCGGGCAGUAGCACAGCCCAACCUUAUGUUUCAUUAAUGAAAGGUUUUGGCAGGCAGUAUGGCUCUCCCCCCCUCCCAUUGCCCCUAACAGGGAAGAUUUAGCAUUGACGUCUUCUUUGUGGGUAUGUGGGAUGAAGUGAAAGGCUAUCACCCCACCUCUUAAACAUAUACAUUCCUACACUUCCCCAGCUUUAAAAUCUGAAGGAUGCUGGAUCAUCUGAACAUACUAGGGCACGUGGGCACAUCAAAGACUUCUCAAAUAUAUGUAGGCUCACAGUUUGUCCUUGUUGUAGGCAUUGCCCUUCAUCAAAUGACAUCUCUUCGGUUACAUCUGCAAAAUGUGGACACACUGCAAACAGAUAGUUUCCUCAGGAAGCUUCCAGGAGUGAAGAGGCUGUCGAUUGUUUGGGGUAACUAUGGUAACAGCUUCCCUCGAUGAAAGGACUUUGCCUACUGUGGAAGGUUUUUGCUUGCCUGGGCCAGCUCUCCAUCUCUCUUUGUGCUAAUAUCAGCCAUUUCUGCCAGCUAUCCAAUCUGUUUAUUAUUUGUUGUCCUGUUAGGAGGUUGAAGCCCCCUCUUAAAGAAUUAGCAGCCCCCUACACACAGUAACUACCAAGGUAGGAUCCUAAGGUGCGUUAUACUUAAAAUGUUCCUCAAGGUUAUUUACAGAAAGCCAUAGAAGUUUAGAUCACUUUUGCAUAAUUUGUGUUGCUUCUGUACUUGUACUUGAACUCUGUUCCCUCACAGUAGCAACUCAUGCCACUCUUUUGAGGAUCAGCCCCUUCUGUGCAAUGUGUCCAUAAGCGUUGACUGUCUAACUUGGCACAAGAAAGAUGGCCAGGUGUGUAACUAGCCCUCUUUCCUCAAAGGUGACAGCAAGCACUUUGGGGGGAGUAUUUCAAAUUUCUGGAAAAAGGAGAUUGAAAAUGCACUACAAAGUGAGAGAUUGGUGACUGCUUCCAUUUCAAGGGCCUGCUGGAGUACUGUGCAGACUUUUGAGGGAUCUUCCAAGUAGUUGCCAGGCAACCCCAUCACUCUACAAGCCAAUGUAGCCUGCCCAUUGUUCCCCAUCAAGUUCAGCACAUGACAAUGGCCUCUUUCUUGUGAUGUGUUUGGGCUGUAGCAUUUCAAACUUCAAGUGGGUUUCAUAUCACUGAAUGUUCUUUAGUACGAAAAAUCACUGUAUAGAAAACCUGCAGACUAGUGAAAAGACUAGCUCACAACUUGCCUUGUAAUUAAUUUUCAAAAAUUAUUUUUGGUAUGGGAAAAAAACAUUCAGUUGUGUGAGCUCCUGCCUGCAAGUCUGAAAUGGUUUAGCCUGAAAUCAGUCCAGGGAAAAUGUGGCCUGAAUAUGGUCUUACUGCUUUUUAUCAUUUGUCUUGGAGCUGCCUUGGUUUCCCAACCAGCUCAAAUGACCAGGUUCACUCCUGAGCCUUGCAGCAAAAAGCUGAUUGUGACAGGAGAAGUUUCAGUUCUGAGGUAUCGGUUUUGUGUACUGCCAUAGGCUGCUCUUAACAGCACUGGGAAACCUCUUUACCUUGGUUCACAAUGGUUCUCUGAUUAAAUUAUUUUUUAAUACAA